AUGGCCAAGGUGAACACCCAAUAUUCCCAGCCUUCUCUGACCCACCUGCCAGUGAAGAGCUCAGAUGGAGAUCUUGGUCAGAUGGAGAAUGGCCUCCGCAGGACCCACUCACCAUGUGAGGAGACAUCUUCCACACUGCUACAAGGGAUUGCCAUGGAGACCACAGGACUGGCUGGAUCUGCUCGGAGCUCCUUCACCAGCCAGGGGCCAGCCAGGGUGUCUCAUCUCAUCGUCUCCCUGCGUGCUUGGGCCGCCAGGCACUUACACCAGGAGAACCAGAGUUCUGAUUCCUUUCUGGAUCGUUUCCGAGGAGCUGAGCUCAAGGAGCUAUCCAGCCGAGAAAGUGGGGCUAAUCCCAACAUGGACUGCCAGGGGCUACCGGACAGAGGGAGGAGGGUCUGGCCCCUGGCCAGAAGCAACGUUAAUGCUUGCAACAACUCACAGGAGGAAAAGAAGAAGGACGCCAUUGUGGUGGACCCCUCCAGCAAUGCCUACUACCGCUGGCUGACUGUCAUUGCCCUGCCAGUCUUCUAUAACUGGUGUCUGCUCGUGUGCAGGGCCUGUUUUGAUGAGCUUCAGUCUGAAAACCUGAUACUGUGGCUUGUCCUGGACUACUCGGCAGAUGUCCUCUAUAUCUUGGACAUGCUGGUGCGGGCCCGAACAGGUUUCCUUGAACAAGGCUUAAUGGUUAGGGAUGCUAAGAGACUACGGAAACACUACACAAAGACAUUGCACUUCAAGCUGGACAUUUUGUCUCUGGUUCCCACAGACCUGGCUUAUUUAAAGUUAGGCAUAAACUACCCAGAGCUGAGGUUCAAUCGUCUACUGAAGUUUUCCCGGCUGUUUGAAUUCUUUGACCGCACAGAGACAAGGACCAAUUACCCCAAUGUGUUCAGGAUUGGAAACUUGGUUUUGUACAUCCUCGUUAUCAUCCACUGGAAUGCCUGCAUCUAUUUUGCCAUUUCUAAGUUCAUUGGUUUUGGGACAGACUCCUGGGUCUAUCCAAAUAUCUCUAAGCCAGAGUAUGGGCGUCUCUCCAGGAAGUACAUUUACAGUCUCUACUGGUCCACCUUGACCCUGACCACCAUCGGUGAGACCCCACCCCCUGUGAAAGAUGAGGAGUAUCUCUUUGUGGUCAUAGACUUUCUGGUGGGUGUUUUGAUCUUUGCCACCAUUGUGGGCAAUGUGGGCUCCAUGAUCUCCAACAUGAAUGCUUCACGAGCAGAGUUCCAGGCCAAGAUAGACUCCAUCAAGCAGUACAUGCAGUUCCGCAAGGUGACCAAGGACUUGGAGACACGGGUCAUCCGGUGGUUUGACUAUCUGUGGGCUAACAAGAAGACAGUGGAUGAAAAGGAAGUGCUGAAGAGCCUCCCAGACAAGCUGAAGGCUGAGAUUGCCAUCAACGUGCACCUGGACACCCUGAAGAAGGUUCGCAUCUUCCAGGACUGUGAGGCAGGGCUGUUGGUGGAGCUGGUGCUGAAGCUGCGUCCCACUGUGUUCAGCCCCGGGGACUACAUCUGUAAGAAGGGGGAUAUUGGGAGGGAGAUGUACAUCAUCAAGGAGGGCAAGCUGGCCGUGGUGGCCGAUGAUGGGAUCACCCAGUUUGUGGUCCUCAGUGAUGGCAGUUACUUCGGGGAGAUCAGCAUCUUAAACAUCAAGGGGAGCAAGUCAGGGAACCGCAGGACAGCCAACAUUAGGAGCAUUGGCUACUCUGAUCUGUUCUGCCUCUCUAAGGAUGACUUGAUGGAGGCCCUCACUGAAUACCCGGAUGCCAAGAAGGCCCUGGAGGAGAAGGGCCGGCAGAUCCUAAUGAAGGACAACCUGAUUGAUGAUGACCUGGCCAAUGCUGGGCCAGACCCCAAGGACAUUGAGGAGAAGGUGGAGUACCUGGAGACCUCCCUGGACACCCUCCAGACCAGAUUUGCACGGCUCCUAGCCGAGUACAGUGCCGCACAGAUAAAGCUGAAACAGCGCCUCAGCCAGCUGGAAAGCCACAUGAAUGUGGGGGCACAUGGCCUCCCUUUAAAUGGGGAGGCCUCCGGAGAUGCUGCCGAGUAA